AUGGACACACUCGUUGCCCAAUACACUCAGGCUCCCUUCGCCAAUGAAGGCUUCACCCAGGAAGAGCAAAAUGACUACUGCGAGACACUACCUCCUCUUUCUCUCAAGUUCGCCCUACCGCCCGUUCCGCGUCCUUCUGCCUUUCUCCGAGCAGCAACGGACGACUACUCCAACCCGAAUUGCCCGAUUAAGAUUGCUCACGGUACCACCACUUUAGCUUUCAGAUUUAAAGGAGGAAUCAUCGUCGCAACCGAUUCAAGAGCCACCGCCGGCAACUGGAUCGCUUCACAAACAGUCAAGAAGGUCAUUGAGAUUAAUCCGAUGUUGCUGGGGACCAUGGCCGGUGGAGCCGCUGACUGUCAGUAUUGGCUUGCUUAUCUCGGCGUCCAGUGUCGAUUACACGAACUUCAUCACAAGCGACGCAUCUCGGUUGCUGCUGCCUCCAAGAUUCUGGCGAACCUAGUGUAUUCUUAUAAGGGGAUGGGCUUGUCAAUGGGAACUAUGAUUACGGGUGUGACACCGCAAGAGGGACCUGCUCUCUACUACAUUGACUCGGACGGCACACGACUGGCAGGCAACCUCUUCUGUGUUGGAUCAGGUCAAACCUUUGCUUAUGGUGUUUUGGAUGCUCUCUACAAAUACGACCUGGAAGAUGAAGAGGCCUUGGAAUUGGGCAGGCGGAGUAUCCUGGCAGCCACCCACCGAGAUGCCUACUCCGGCGGCUACAUCAACCUCUACCAUGUCAAGGAGGACGGUUGGGUUAAGCAUGGUUUCUUCGACACGAACCCUAUUUUCUGGGAAACCAAGCUGCAAAAGGGCGAGUUUUCCAAUGUCACGAGCGAGUUAUCCUGA